AUGGCAGAAUGCUUUUUCGAAAAUGCAUAUACCAUUCAUUGCUCCCCUGGGUUUCCAAGGAGGCAGUCGCUGGUAAGGGAUCUCCAUCUUAAUACUAUGGAAGUGAUCACCUCCUUUUCUGCUCAAGGGAAUGACAAUUUUUGUAUCGAGGAUUUUGUUGACAAGUUGAAGGAGACUAGCCUCGAGGGGUCUCCAAGAUCAAGAAAACUGGAGGUGGCGUUAGGUGAUUGGCUGGUAGGGAUGGCAACGGGUAAGGUAGGGGCAAGGUAUGACAAUACCAUCCCCAUCCCCGCUGUCCAUCCCCGCCCUCGUCCCGAACCCAUCCCCAUUUAA